CCGCUUCCUCUUUCUCCUCGAUUCCUCCAGCAGGAACAGAAUCUGCCCUGCCUCAUCCUUACCAUCAGAGUUCAUCCAGCAGCGCAGAGAUGUUGGCCCUCUUCCACCGGCUCCUGGACUGGCUCAGGUCGCUCUUCUGGAAGGAGGAGAUGGAGCUGACGCUGGUGGGACUGCAGUACUCUGGAAAAACCACUUUUGUCAACGUGAUUGCUUCUGGUCAGUUCAAUGAAGACAUGAUUCCUACAGUCGGCUUCAACAUGAGGAAAGUCACCAAAGGCAACGUAACCAUAAAAAUUUGGGAUAUAGGCGGGCAGCCGCGGUUCAGGAGCAUGUGGGAGCGAUACUGUCGGGGCGUCAACGCUAUAGUGUACAUGGUGGAUGCUGCAGAUCGUGAUAAGGUGGAAGCCUCAAGAAACGAGCUACACAACUUGUUAGACAAACCACAGCUGCAAGGCAUUCCUGUACUUGUCCUUGGCAACAAAAGAGACAUCCCUAUUGCGCUAGACGAGAAACAACUCAUUGAAAAGAUGAACCUGUCUGCCAUUCAAGACCGAGAGAUCUGCUGCUACUCCAUUUCAUGCAAAGAGAAAGACAAUAUAGAUAUCACAUUGCAGUGGUUGAUCCAGCAUUCAAAAUCUCGGAGAAGUUGAAAUCCAAGUCCCUCUCAGCCGCAUCUGUCUGUCCAGUAGCUGCCCAUCUCAUUCAUUCUCUGUUACACACGGACUGUCAGUAAUACAUCUUCACCGGUGGGCCUCAGACUCAUCUCAACUCAUGAUUUGCUACCAUUCGGCCUGUUUUGUUGGCUAAAUGGAUUAUACUUUCACCUAAACUUCUUUUGACCAUUGACAAAGCGACAUGGUUUAGAUUUGCUUUGGAAUUUGCCUCCUUUCUCUAUGAAAAUAAGUUUUGAGGUCUGUGUUAUUGUUUUGAGGGAUCAUUUGGUCUGCUUAGCUUAAUUCUUGUAUUAUUUAAAGUAUAAUUUAAAGCUCUAAAGCAUUUUAGUCCCCCAAGUGAAGUCAAAGAGAAGUUGGAAUGAACAUUUGAGUAGCUAGUAUUGUGCAUUUAGAGCUUCAAUACGUUUUAAAUGUACACUACCAUUCAAAAGUUUGGUGGAAUUCAAGAAUUGAGUAAAGAAAAUUUUGCGGAACUUAGAAAAUUAAUACUUCAGCAAGGAUGCAUUAAAUUGAUCAAAAGUGACAGUAAAGACAUUUCAAAUAAAUGCUGUUUUAACUUUCUAUUCAUCAAAGAAUCCUGAAAAAAUGUGCCUUCUACAAAAAUAUUAAGUAGCACAACUGUUUCUAGUUAAGAAAGAGAAAUGUUUCUUAAGCACCUAAUCAGCAUAUUAGAAUGAUUUCUGAAGGAUCAUGUGACAGCGAAGACUGGAAUAAUGAUCCUAAAAAUUCAGCUUUACCAUCACCGGAAAAAAAUGUUCUAAAAUAGAAUUAUAAAAUAGAAUUAAAGUUAUUUUUAAUUGUAAUGGCAUUUCUCAUGGCAUGUUUUUACUGUAUUUUGGAUCAAAUAAAUGCAGCAAUGGUGAGACUUCUUUCAAAAACGUAAAAAAAAAUCUUCCCGACCCCAAAGCUUUUGAACGGUAGUCUACAUUCAGCUGAUGUUCUUCCAUGUGCGCGCAAAUAUUAUUUUGGCAAAUUCAAUAUUCAAAGAAAGAUAUUGGAGCCGUUUGAUUAGUUGGAUGGCUCGACAUUUACCAACAUCUGCCUUUCAGCAAAUCAGGAAGUUCUACUGGCUGAUCAUCACAUAAUUAAUAUUCAUGAGUCAAGAUGAUAAGUAUUAUAAUGUCUCUCCCCAUGUUUCAGAUCAUCUCUAUGGCUCUAUCUAAAUCUUUUCCUAUUUGAGACUCAUUACAAUAACAAAGCCCAGCUCAUUAAUAUUCAUGACCUACAGCUCAUGGACAAGCUUCACAUACUGUAGCCGUGAGCGUGAAACAUCUCAAUUCUGAAAACUGUCUUCUAAUGGGAUAAAGUGUAUUUCUGAUGAUCAUCUCGGCAUUUACAUUAAUUAGUUAAGUGCCUUCUGCAAAUACACACAUUUUUUUAAUGCCCAGCAUGGAUAUAGUGUUAUAUAUCGCCAAACAGCUAGUCUAAACUCCCUGUAGGUGCCAUUAUUACCAAUUUAGCACUGAUUAUUGUAUUAUUAUUGCAUUAAUAAUUUAAUUACUCCUCAUCAAAUGGCCAUCUUCAUUGUCUAUGCAUAUACACAUAUUAGGACGCCAAUCAUUACAUAGUUAUCUGAUUGCUACAGUGAAUACCAACCCGUUACUGGUUAACAUACAAAAUGAAUGUUUAGUUAUUUUAGGACAUGAUUCACGCACUGGAAGUGGAGGGUCGUAUGCUUAUCUUCUGGGUGAUCCUAUCCAAGCUGAAAAAAAGUAAUCAUCUUUUUCACACAGUGUCAAAUGCUAGCUGUUUUGUUUAUCUUUUGAUUUUCUUAUCAAGCCCCUAAAUGCUCUGAAUUCUUCUUCCUGUCUUCUAAAUAUUAGUUUUAUAGCUAUAACAAUAUUGUGGUUGUCUUCUGCUGUAAAAUGUUAUUAUUUAUGACUUCUUACUGACUCACUGAGUAUUAGCUGCAUGAUUCAGCGGAGUAGUUUUCCACCAACACGUUGCUUGAAGACUGAGAUGAAUAGACUUUCUGCUCUAGCUUCAGACUGUUCUUACGUCUCUAAUCACGUCUCUAAUCUACCUCAGAGGUGUCAUGAGCGACAGCGAACGUUCAGAGAGCUGUGAAUGGAAGCUUGUUUUCACCACAGAGUACAAAAUAAAAAAGGUAAUUGCAACCUUUUAUCUCACAAUUCUGACUUUUUUCUUGCAAUUGCGAGUUUGUAUACCCCAAUGCUGAAUUUUUCUCAGAAUCGUGAGAUGUAAGUGCGCAAUUGCAGGUUAUAAAGUCUGAAUUGCAAGAUAUAAACAGAAAUGUGAGAUAAAAAGCCAUGGUUACCUUUUUUUGUUUUAUGCCGUGGUAGAAACAAGCUUCCAUAGCCGUGUACCAUGAUGAGAGAGAUCUCAAGUCUGAAUACUUCAACAUAUGCAUGUGUUGUUCUAUGAAGCAAGUCUUAAGAUUUUUUGACUCUCAAAUUUAUAUCUUUAAGAUGUUUGUUUUUUUUAUAAUUAAUGAAUCUGCCUAAAAAAAUCUAUAAUUGAGAAGCUUUAGUUGUGCUGCCAUAAAAAUCCCUGAUGGGUGCAUCAAUUGCAGACUUUUUAGCAUUAGAUACAAAUACUAGUUGAUGAAUAAUUAUUAAUCACACACACACACACACACACACACACACACACACACACACACACACACACACACACACACACACACGUUUGUUUUUGUGAAUUGUGGGGACAUUCCAUAGGUGUAAUGGUUUUUAUACUGUACACACCAUAUUUUCUAUCCCCCUACACUACCCCUACCCCUAAACCAGAAAACCCAUCACAGAAAACUGCACAUUUUUACUUUCUCACAAAAACUCAUUCUGUAUGAUUUAUAAGCCUUUUGAAAAAUGGGGACAUGGGGUAAUGUCUUCAUAAGGCAUCCUCUCCUUGUAAUUCCUAUGUCAUACCCAUGUCAUUAUACAAAUUUGUGUCUUGAUAUGUCACAAAACACACACACACACACACACACACACACACACACAUAUAUAUAUGCCCAAAUAAGCUGUAAUGAUUUUCUGAGAUUUUUCUGAUUCUUUUUUGGGAGGAAUAAUUCAAAUGUGCGCUAACACUGAAGCUAGCUCAUUAAUUAAAAUUAGUUAUUUUCUUAUAUGUUUUUAGGCUUUUACAGAACAGGCAGGACUGAUUCAGAAGAAUGGACAUUUAUGGUCUUAUAAGACUGUUUAUGAUUGUUCAAGAUUGAAUGUUGUUGAACCUGUUUAUGCAACAAGUUUUCUUUCAGUAUUUUUUUAAAAAUUUAUUUAUUUUUUCUCUUUUCAAAUCAGCAGUGUGAUUACGUUUUAAUUCUUAAAGUAGAUAUUAAUGAUUGCUGAGACAUUCCUGCAGCCUUGUAAUGGAGAUGAACGGAGGGCACGCUUUUACGGUUCACCUCUCUCUCUUCCUUCUUCAUUCAUUCAUUCAUUCAUUCAGACAGACAUGAUGUGUGCUGUCGGUUCCCAAAGCAGCAGGUCUGUGGGCAAAGCUUGUUUAUCUCUGUGCAGCCUUUAAACACUAUACAGGAUGGUGUCUUCUCUUCUUAGUGUGACUAUCAUCCAUACAUAAAAAAUCAAUGGAUCUGUUGCCGACUUUGUAUAUAAGCAAAUGUAAAACUUAUUUUGUUUUGCAGAGUGCUCUUAAUUGUGUCUCCUGCUUUAUUUUGUUUUGUGAUCACUCAAUAAUUUUUUUUAGGGUGACUGUAAGCCUGUCAAUUUUGUCAUUUUGUACUGUUACAUUUGAUGAGACAGUUGAGAAUUAUUUGUUUGGCUUUUGAUGUUCUAAAGUGAUGUAAUCAGCAUUUAUUCUGUUUACAGACAAAAUGUAAUCAUGCAAACUCAUUCUUUACUCCACUUUCCCCUCACAUUUUUACAGCAGUUGUAAAGUCAUUAAAGCUUAAAUAACACAAAUGGAAGUAUUGUAAUUGAGUAAAUGCUGAACAAGUCUAAACAAAAA